CCGCCUGUGACCCCAGCAAGGGCCUCGACCCCGACCCUCCUCGAGGCAUCGCCACCCUCCGCCCCAGCCCCGGCCCUGGAGGUCCAGCCGCGGGCACGAUGCUGCCCAGCUCCAUCCAGAUUUCGGGAGAACCUCUGUCAGGCGCCGAGGUGCGGGACAUCUGCCGCGGCCUGCGCGACAACGCCGUGCGCCUGCUCUCCCUGCGCGGCUGCCGCCUCUGCGACCGCGACUUCGGCCGCAUCUGCCGGGCCCUGGCUGGGGCCACGUCCCUGGCGCAGCUCAACCUUAAUCUGGGCGUCGUGUCCAGCCCCAGCCGCAUCAAGCAGCUGGCGGAAGCGCUGCGGACCAACCGCUCCAUCCAGUCCCUCUUCCUGCAUGGGAGCCCCUUGACAGAUGCUGGGCUGGCCUUGCUGAACCCAGCCCUGGCACUCCAUCCUGCCCUUGUGGCUCUGGACCUGGGGGACUGCAUGCUGGGCGACGAAGCCAUCAACCUCAUCUGUGGCCUCCUCCCCCCAGACGGGGCCAAAUCUGGCUUGAAGGAGCUAACACUGAGUGCCAACCCUGGCAUAACCCCUAAGGGCUGGAGCCGCCUUGCCAUCGCUGUGGCCCACAGCUCCCAGGUCCGCGUCCUCAAUCUGGACUACAAUCCCCUGGGUGACCAUGUGGCAGGGAUGUUGGCUGUAGCUGUGGCCUCCAGCCGUACCCUAGAAGUCCUAGACUUGGAGGGCACAGGGCUCACCAACCAGUCAGCUCAGACUCUGCUGGACAUGGUAGAAAAUUACCCCACAGCUUUGCGGAGCCUGGUGUUGUCUGAGAACAGCAUCAGCCCAGAGCUGCAGCAGCAGAUCUGUGACCUUCUCUCUGAGGGGGAGGAGGAGGAGGAGGUCACAGGAGGGGCUGGCGACACCCAAGAAUGGGAGAGAGGCAGGGAGCCUAGUACUCACCAGAGGGGCAGUAGCUCCUGGAUGUGCCCUAGUGAUCCCAGUUCUCAGAUGGUGCUAAUGACAUCAGGACUAGGGGACAGUCUGUUGGCUGAGACCGAGAUGUGACUCUCCACUUGGGCUUCUGCACAUCAUUACAUCUAUGUUCGCAGCACCUCACCCAAGAUAUCAGGGUCAGGCCCUGGACCUUGGGAAGCAGCAGGGCAGAGUUGCCUGCAGCUCUGGAAGCCCCUGGCAGCAUGAUGGGGAAGGAAGCUUUGGAAGCUGUGACUGGGCAACAGCCUUGGGGGGCCCCGAACUCAAGGCAAUGCCUCUGGACUUGCUGGCAGCUCUAGCUGCAACCCACUGGCUCGGAAGAUAUUUUAUGAAUUCCACAA